UAUACAGAGGAUCUUCAGCAGAAAUCUAUUCAGAAACAAAGUCAAAGAUGAACAGAGCUACUAUUGCAAUGAUUUGCAUCCUGCUCCUGUGUGCUAUUGUUGCACAGGGUACUGGAGGACAGUGUCUGUGCCCCAAGACCAGCACCAAUUUUAUCAAUCCGAGAACCAUCAAGACUUUACGAUAUAUUCCCAAAGGAUCACAUUGUCAUAAAUGGGAGAUAAUCGUUACCAAGAAAAGUGGGCAGAAAGUUUGUGUGAGCCCUGAUGCCAAGUGGGUGAAGAUUAUCAUUAAAUCCAGGAAAGAUUUCAGACCACAUAACUAAGAAAUGAAGCAGCAAUGUGAUUCACUUGAUUGCACACCAGGGAAGAUGCUGUACAAUGCCCCUGAAGAGCAUUCUUUUUCUGAUAUCACCAUUCAAUAUGUUUGAGCAGUUCCCCUGCAUUGAUUCUCUGUAACGUAUUUCAUUGUUCAACCAUCUUAUACUGUAAUUGUUUACACAGAGCCUAAGAAAUCAGGCUGCUAUUGUGAAAUUUUGUGCCAUGGUAGAGGUUUUCUUUUCAUAAAAUAUGAGAUGUGCGAUUAUACUGAAUAUGGUCUGGCAUUGUUUCAAGAUACAGUACAACUAAAAGCAAUUGGUUAACAUACUCCUUUCAUAUGGGAAAAUAAUUCCUAAUCAUCAGAAUGUGCAGGUGGAAAAGAAAUAUUGGCAGACUUGUGAACUUGGGGAGGCAUAAGAGUAAAG